GGAGGAGCCCAUUGUCCAUGUUUGGCAACCGCUAGCGCUGGGGGUAACCACGCCAUGCGCGUUGCGUGCGUGCGUGCAACCUCUUCCGGAGUCGAGCCGUUGUACCUUGCAGCUGAUUGAGUACUGCUUGUGAAGAUUGAUCCCGGGCGAGUGGUCCAGGCUCUGUGCAUGCGCUGUUCCUGGGAGUAGCGCUCUGCUCAGUUUUAGAGUAUGACAAGUGCCCUACUUCAACUGCACUGGAAAUGCCAGUGGUGACCAACCAGCACUACGUUGGACUGGUUCCUCACAUUGUAUACUAUUAGUAUUAGUACUAGUAGAGUUUCAUGGAUGGUCAGCACUGCACAUGCACAUUAUUAUGAUGGCACAACGACACAUUGGAGUACUGGGACGGACAACGGAGCCGGUACCUGUACUGAUUUGCGGAUGCUAUUCGCUACAACCACCAUACCGACAGACACCUCCAACCCUGCUCCGGCUUCUACGGAUUGCGAGCGUAGUGGUGUAUGCUACAGAGCAAUGUAUGGAUCACAGUCAACAUCCCACCAGUACACAGCCCAUGGCUGGAUCAGCGGAUGUUUGCCCAACACAUCAAUUGGAAAUCAUGACCGCAAACUGCAUGCAUAGGAAGGUUGGCCCCCUGCGUCAAGUCAAGUCCGGACGCUAGCCAAGCACAAAAUUGGGGAGGAUCUCCAGCCCAGGAUGUCUGCUACAAGCCUGGCUGGGAGUCUCACCCAUGAUGGCAAUGCUGGAACAUGGACCAUUCCCCGUGCUGGGCAACUCCAAAUCCCUAUUGGUUGGAACCUGCACAUGGCUGCCGCACUGAGCCUCACCUAUAAAUAUGCACUCUGACGAUAGUAGUCAGUUCAAUUCCUCAAACUACGGACGAAACGUCCGGCAAUAAAAACUACAGUUGAUAUCAACAGUUAUAGUACAGUAGUUGCCAAGGUAUUUGUACCAAACACUCCAAAUCGUCAGACUUCUGAUAGUGCUUUCCUGGAUGAAAUAUUGGUCGAUUCGCAUAUUCUUGAAAAUCGGAAAUGGCCGAUAAUGCCGUACCUUCCGGUUCUCGAAGCACGCCUUACACGUCACCUUGUCAGGAUUGCCGGCCGGAGAUUCUGUGCGCGGCGGCCGUCAAGGGACACGGUGCAGGCCAUAAAACACCUUGUCAAGCAGCAAUGCAUCAAUCAUUUCAAAUCCGUCAUCAUCAGCAGCAGUACCGGUGCUUUCCUUCGUCAUUCUCCAGCUGUCCACCCAGUGAUUCAUCAUCCAUCUCCUCGUCACCAUCACCACCAAUCUCAUCGAUAAGAGUUGUUCCUAUGGGGCAGCACAUGCUGGUGUUGUCCCCGUGCAUUGGCAAACACAUGCCAUUGUGCCAGCCACAAAUCCAAACCGACAUACCAAAGGGAAUCUUCCAGCCAGCAGAAUCAUCUACUAAAUUGCAGACGACAUUUGGACAUUAUUUCCCACAAUCUGCAAGGAACCCAAUGCCAAGGAACUCCCUGGAAACUCCAUCACCAGACAGCGUGAUGAGCAAGCAAGCUGAUUCUAAAGGUACUGCUAAGCCCCAACUGCUUACAACUCCAUCCCCCGAUCUCUCGCUGGGGAGCCCAGGACAGCCAGCCAAUACCCAUGCAUUGCAACUGUGCCUCCAGCCUGCUGCAGCUGAGUUCAGGCAAAUCUCGUCUUCCAGAAGUACCCCUGGUCACUGUGGUAGCUCUCGUGUGCACCUCCAACCAACUACAAUGCUUGUUCCUCUCCGGCCUAUCUCAUCACCCUGCAUAGCAACACCGAUAAGUGUCAGUUCUGGCAUCGGCCUAGACAGUAACGUACGCACGAGUGUGCAUGAAGACACUUCAUGGAGUCUCCCGGGAUAUUGCUCUGACCGGGCACAUACACUCUGGCAAGCUUGCUCCUCAGGAACAGAACCGCCAAGCAAUGUAGAACGGCACUCCGAUGGUUCUUUACUACAAGCUAGACGAGUGAUGGGUGUUCAGUCUAGCCCGAUAUAUGGCACCACAUUAGACAAAACAUUCCCAACGGGUGCUGAAUGUCCGUCAGACUCCGUACGGUUUGAGGCAGCGUAUAGCUCUUUGGCUGUUGAUCAUCAAUACUCUGAUAGUGACAGUACCUGUAGCUCAUCUACUGCAGAUGCGGUAGGCUGUCCAUCCGAAAGCGGAAUAUUGUCCGACACUGCCAGUUGUUACGAAGAUGAAAUUAGCUACGGAUGUGGUGGUGAGGAUGCGCUACCUCUAAGCUUGGAUAUGCUAAAGAAAGUCGUCGAGCCGUCCACCGCUAAGCAAGUGUUUGACUCUUCAGCCACAGAUGUCCUCCAUCUCUGGGUCUGCAAGAAUAUACAGUACCCGUAUGCUACAAAAGUGGAGAAGCGUCAGCUUGCACGGGAGUCACGUCUCACCGUGAAGCAAGUUAGUUCCUGGCUGACUAAUGCUCGAAGACGUCUAAUUCCGCGACUUGUCCAGCGAGAAAACGAGCGAAGGCGUCGCAAAAGCUUGCCACUACUCGGCAUUGUUAAACGGAAGAGGAAGAAAACUGUAUAACAUGCUCGGAACUUCGUAUCGGAUAUGCUGAUUUGUUCUGCGCAUUGUGCUGCUGUAGUAAUUUGGUUGUUGAUUCGUACAAUUGUACCAUUAUGAUCUGAUUGUCGAGUGCCUAAGUGCUCGUAUAUUUCCUUGACUCCUAACAGCUAGGGGUGUUGGAACUCAUUUGUCAUACUGUCUCAAUGUAGGACGCACUAAUAAUCAACUGAGGCUUUUGUCAGACAAAUUUAUCCAUUUGCAUACAUUUGGGUCAAGAACCGCAUGAUUCACAACACAAUUAUAUGCCCUACCGGGAAGACGUUUUGCUAGGUGUUCAGGUACUUGCUUGGCCAGUGGUUUACCUGAUGGUUACUCUGGUAAACACGCCAAAGAUGGGAAUAUGGAUGGCGCUUGCUAUGUUGGACUUGGUUUUCCCCUUUUUUUAUUACCAUGGCUGCUGCAUAAUCCUUGACUUAUGCAUAAAGGACAGCAUCUGCACCUGGAUCCUGUUUUAAAGCCUAAUUUGCUGCGUGAUAUUAAUUUUUACUAGGUUGACCUGGAAAGACCUGUCAUUAACCUCUACGGCGGACACCAACAGUAACCUUUUGCUUUUACACAUCAUAUCAAGAUAGUACAUGUGUUUGCGUAUGUUUUUAAUCUUUUUCUCCCUUACAAUAUCCACUUA